AUGAUCUCCGUCAAUUCUAUGGCCCUACUCUUCAUAGUUCUGAUCCUUUUCCUUAUGCACAUAAUGAAAUUAAAGUUCUGGAGUAUCCACAACAAUGGAAAAUGUAGUGCCCCAACUUCCCCCGGUCCUUCCCCGUGGCCCAUCAUUGGCUGUGUACCCGAAAUGCUGCGGCAAAAGCCAACUUUCCGGUGGAUACAUCGCCUGAUGAAGGAGAUGGACACCAACAUUGCAUGUAUCCGGCUGGGCAAUGUUCACGUCAUUCCCGUGACGUGCCCUGAAAUCGCCCGAGAAUUCCUCACGAAGCACGAUGCCAAAUUUUCAUCUAGGCCUCCUUCGAUGGCAUCACGAACGUGCAGUGGCGGAUAUCUCACAGCAAUUCUAACUCCUUAUGGCACUCAAUGGAAGAAAAUGAGGAGAGUUCUAGUUUCAGAAAUAAUUUCGCCUGCAAGACAUCGUUGGCUCAAGGAUAGAAGAACCGAAGAAGCGGACAAUCUGGUUAAGUACAUCUACAAUCGAAGCAAAAGCUUGAGCCAAACUGUAAAUGUGAGGACCGCCACCAGACAAUACACUGCAAAUGUGACGCGACAAAUAAUGUUUAGUAAAAGAUGGUUCGGAGAGGAAAGGGCAGACGGCGGACCGACCGUUGCUGAGGAAGAGCACGUUGAGGCGGUUUAUACUAUACUUAAGUAUUUAUUCGCAUUUUGCAUAUCUGAUUAUUUUCCUUGGUUGGUAGGGCUUGAUUUAGAUGGUCAUGAAAGGUUAGUUAAAGAGGCUAUCAGCACUGUGAAAAAAUAUCAUGACCCCAUAAUUGACUCGAGGAUCGGAAAAUGGAGGAGGUUCGGCCAUUCGAACGAGGAACCUACCAGCGAUGAGCCUCAUGAUUUGCUUGAUGUUCUGAUUACGCUCAAAGAUUCCGAGGGAAAGCCACUACUUACACUAGAAGAAAUCAAAGCACAAGUGACGGAAAUAAUGUUCGCAAGUAUUGACAAUCCCGCAAACGCAGUUGAAUGGGCCUUGGCCGAGAUGAUAAACCAACCCGAAAUGCUGAAGACAGCAAUGGAUGAAUUAGACAGGGUCGUUGGUAAAGAGAGACUGGUCCAAGAAUGUGACAUCCCACAUCUUAAUUACAUCAAAGCGUGCGCUCGAGAAGCCUUCAGGCUCCAUCCAAUCAGACCUUUCGUCCCUACGCACAUGGCCAUGUCCGAUGCUGUCGUUGCCGGCUACUUUAUCCCAAAGGGAAGUCAUGUGCUGUUGAGUCGUCCUGGUCUCGGGCGAAACCCUAAGGUCUGGAACAACCCACUCGAGUUUCGGCCGGAGCGGCACUUGACUAGUGAGUGCACUGAAGUUCAGCUCACAGAGCCAGACUUACGCUUCAUUUCCUUCAGCACCGGACGGCGCAGCUGCGUGGCUCCGUUGUUUGGGACUGCAAUGACAGUCAUGCUUCUCGCUAGGAUGGUUCAAGGGUUUAACUGGAAAGCACCCCGUGAUGUCACGAGCAUCAACCUUGAUGAGUCCAUCGAAGAUAUGUUUCCCGUUGAUCCGGUCAUUGCUCAUGCCGAACCGCGUUUGCCAUUACAUCUCUAUCCGUGA